UAAUGCUCCACAACAAUAACAACAAAGGGUGUAGUUGAGACCUAGACGGAGCUGGAGAAAAAGAACGACGUUGCUCCGAAAUAGGGUCCAGAAACUUUAAUUUCUUCUGCGAAGAAAAAAAUAUAUAUUUUUAUACCUUCAAGCAAAUAUCUACCUCAGAGUGUCUGUGAAUAUAUUUUCGCUGUUAACAGUUUUCUUCCUGCCGCAGGCUUUUCUAUAUUUUGUGUUUGUUCUGCACACUUUGGGAAACGGCUAUGAGUGAACUUCAGAGAAACCUCCUCGUCAGAUGAGCACCUCGCCCCUCAUGCACCUCCGUACCUUCCGGGAAACUUCUCCGAGCAGCGGUUUCCGCAGCUGAUGACCAAAGCACCCCACCCUCUCCCAUCGCCCGCGGGUCCGACCAGCCCAGCGUUGUCCCAGCCCUCCAGGUCCGCAGCCACAGUCGCCACCGCCACCAUGUUCCAGAGGUUCACCAGCAUCCUGUUUGGGGACACCGAAGAGGACGUUCAUGGAGGCAUGGCCCAGCCAGGCUGCGAUGACAAAGAGGAGGACGAUGAGUGGAUCUUGGUGAACUGCCUAGCAGAGACUUGUGCGCCCUUCUGUGGGCCCGGCCUGGUUGAGGUGCACCCAGAGGACCUGGAAGACCUCGAGGCCCCCUCUCCUGACCACCCGCUUCGUUCCUACUCCUGCUCCUCGCUGGACUCGGCCACUGACACCGACCUCGACCCAGAGGACGGCGGUUUCUUACGGCUAGAGGCGGCAAGCGAAGAGGAGGAGGAAGAUGGGGAGUCGUCAAGCUGCGCACUGGAGGAGAGCUGGUUCAUCACCCCACCACCGUGCUUCACCGCUGGGGGGCGUAACCCGGUCCUACUGGAGACCAGCCCCCUGGAGAACCUGCUGAUCGAGCACCCGAGCAUGUCCGUUUAUGCUUUCCACAACCCUCGUCAUGUCACCCGCCCCCUGGCAAAGGAGAGCUCUUGCGAGCCAUCCCUGCACAGCUCUGUUUCUCCUCUUCUCAGGACUGAGGUCCAGCGCCGGCCAAGCCAUUCUACUGGCUGCUAUGCAGCUGCCUUGGCUGCCCACGCCAACCUCCUGGCACAGGUCAAACAUGGCCGUCUCGCUCAGCGCCUCCAGGAAAACAUGGAGCGCCAAAACCUCUCCCGGAACGCCCUGCGCCGCUUCAACCUGCUCCGCGAGGGCCGGGCCCGUCAGGCCAAGUCGACCAGUGGGCCGGUCCAUCAGCCUGGUCAGAGGCACUUCAACUACUAAAGCCGCCCCAGUCGCCCCUUCCCUAUCACCUGCCCUCCUUCAGACCCACAAUCAGCUCUCCAGACCGCCACCUCCAUGGCCAGGAAUACGUCUUUGUAAUGGAGUCCCUCGCAAAAUCAGAGCCUUUAUACCAUAGGUCACUUUAUUUACAGCAGGUUUGCUCGCAUCUGGAUGGAUAGUUUUGAGGCUUGUCAGGCUUUGAGCACCCCCAACCCCACUCCGCAUAUUCUCUGCUUUGAGUUCUGAUUAGAAACAAACAAGUCUGUGUGUGUCUGUGUGUGUGUGUGUGUGUGUGUGUGUGCGUCAGAAACAUGGAAAUGCCAUGUCUGAUGCUGGUGUUGAGCAGAACGUGGGAUUUGUUGCUUAGUUAAGCAGUUAAGCAGAUGGGAUUUUUGCCUUCUUUAUAAGCCUCAACUGGUGCUCAACUGCCAAGAGCCAGGCGAUCAUCUUAUAGUGCCUGGCCAUGAAGAACAGUUACCACACAAAAUGGCAGUGUAGUUUCUCAGUGUCGAUUCAAAGCCAUAAUGACAUCUUCAGGCUAGUAACACAAUCUGUCUAGGAGUGAGCAAAUGUCACUGUGAUUUCUGUAGGUUAGUACUUUUAUUUUGUGAAUUGAAAAAAAUAAAAACUUAUGGUUCAAUAAUGGUUGUUUCACUAACAGCCAUGUUUGAAUAGUAAAAAUAUGUAAAAUAUAUAUAAAAUGGAAAAAAAAAUUCCAAAAAUAUUUUUUGAAAAGAAAAAAAGAUGGCUUAUAUAUUACAUAUCAGUAUGAAGUUUGUGUAUGCGCGUAUGUUAUUCCGUGUAUGUAUGUAAACCACAGUUUGUUUUUGUUUUUAUCUUUAAAUUAUGUGGUUCAUUGUAUGGUUGUGUAGUUCUAGAUUCCAGAACGGUGAAAAACGAUGAAAAAAAAAAAGUUUUUGAAUAUUGUAUCUUUCUUGUAACUUGGAAAUCUGCAGUACACUUCUCAGGGUCAGGACUAUUCACCUUUUACUAAAAUGCAGAUUACUUGAUGGAUGUUAAUUGUCUAGACAAACCUCUAAAAAUUAUCAAAAUGUGUACAAUGCCUUGUGGAUAUGUUUGUAACCCGUGGAACUUGUUAAAGAAGAAAAAAAGUGCUUUUCUUAAAGCAGAACAGAAGUUAGAUGCUUGCUUGAGGACUGUGAAAAUGAUGCUUCUUUCCCCUCAAUCGACUGUUAAAACUUAUGAAGAUGGAGUGGAACUGUUAAUGUUUUUUUUGUUUUGUUAUUUGUACAGUACAGUAACCUUUCCAUGGUUCCAUGUUUGUCUGAUUUGGUUUCAUUAUCUUCUAGCAAUCCUUAUCCAAUACAAGCGUAGCGGUUCUCAGAGCAGCAGUCUUUCCUACUGUUAUCUGUUGUCAUUCCUUACUUCUCUAUGAAUAGCCCGUAUAAUAUGUGGACAUCAGAGGGCUACGACUGUUCUGCCUAGACCGAACUCUCGUGAAGGAAAGGGCAGUAAGGAAUGACCGUGGACACCAUGCACCUUCCAGAUUCACCUGUUAUUUUUUUGUUGCUCUUAGAUCCAGUGCAACUGACUAUUAAGUGCUCACUAUGUAUUGUUUGGUUGUUACUUUUUUUUGUUGUUGUUGUUGUUCUUCUUCAAGCAGUUGGUGACAUACGCAAGACACUAGAACGUGUAUUUAGCUAUUUAGGACAAUUGUCGUUGUGUAUGUGGCUGUGUGUGAUGUUCUAGCAUGACUGUAAACAACAUACGCUGUUUCCUAUCCUUAUUUGUUACUCAGUUCAUUUGACACAACUAUCAAUCUCCAGAAUUCGCUUCUGUUAAAACAGUGUUUGUGUCAUGACAAUGUUCUGACGUCGCGGGGGUGCAAAACACGAAGGGAAUGGGAACUGUGCAAAUGGUCUCCAUUUUUCCAUGAUUUAUGCUGGACAAGCCCCCCUUUUCUCUCCUCUCUCUCAAUUUGUCAUGUUUAUCACAGGGAUACUAUUCUUUUUGCCUUGAAUUGUGUUGAUCACGUGCCUUCCAGGUUAAAACAGUAUGACAAUGCAUUUGCGAAGAACUUGAAAGUCCAAAAGGACACAACCAUAAACAAAAAGCGAAUUUCUAUGCACAGGGGUUAGUUUGUCUCUGUGAACCACUUGCUCUGUACACCUUUUAUACACAAAAUGUAGCAGACCUCUUUUGUUAAAUGUGUGAAGUGUAUUUUCUGUGGCAUUUUUUUUUUUUCAUUUUGUGUUUAGACUAUGCUUUUGAUUGAUUUUUAUAGUUUACUGGAAUUAUACAGCACUUUGCCAAAAGUGUAGGGUUUAGUAUCACAUUUAUUUAUCUGUAUUUCAGAUGAUGUACUUAUUUUGAACCAUUACUAAUGUCAUUGACUGUUUGUAUUUUCAUUUUAAUUUGCAGAUACAAUUAUGUAGCCUGCUCUGUUUCACUGAAAUUCAUUAUUUGGUAAUACCAUGUAAGCUACCAGUCUUCAAUAAAACGUUUCAUUACAGUU